AUGAAUUCAAAGGAUUCUCCUCUUACCGUUGGAAAUGCUCCUUCAGAUUCGGAGCACAUUCCAAAACGACGAAAGAUUCGCAAAGGCACAUUCAGCUGUUGGGAGUGCAAGCACCGCAAGAAACGCUGCGAGUCAGUGCCCGGAUCUACCUCGUGUAUCUUCUGCCAACGGCAUGGACAGCCAUGCUCCAGCCAAGAGUUCGCAGACACCUCAGUCAAUGACUGCCGUGAUGCCGUGCAGCGCCUUGACCGGGUUGAGGCGAUAAUAGAUCGGUUAGCCCGGCAAAGAAGCAAACAUGUUGGUCAGAGGAAGCUGUCAGCAGCAGCAAGAAGCCUUAAGCGCUUCGAAACCCCGACAUUGAAUUCCGUCAAUCAUGAACGAAUAUCCAGAGGCCCGUCGCUGACAAGUUUUCUGUACUCUCUUCUUCCCAAUCCCGCGAUUGCCGUGGUGAUUCUGCGCAACAGCAAAAUUUUCAGAUCGCCCCUUCAGAUCAGCCAACGGUCACAUUCAAACACCAAUCCGGAAGAGCUGAGCGACGAUCUAGUCAUGCCACAAUCUGCACAUCCGAUUCUCUUGGCUCGAAAGCUGAUCCAGCUUGCGCUUUGCCUUCGGAAUUCUGACACUAAAGAUUCCGAACAGCUUAAAGUACAGCUGAACGAGUCUGUCACUAGUGCAGCAAGUCGCUACUUCGACACGGCUUGUGGCUAUGUCCUAUCUCAUGAUGAAUUGAUAAGCUCUCUUGAUGGGUUGCAAACUCUGAUGCUGCAAGGCCGUUACUAUAUCACUAUUGGUGACCUUCGGAAAGCGUGGUCGAUCCAUCGGCGGGUCUCCAGAAUCGCCUCCGCGAUGGGAAUGCCACUACUAGCGCAGACUAUGGGAGGUCAUGCAAACUCUAUAUGGUUUCAGUUGGUCUACAGCGAUCGCUUCCUGUCUCUUAUGCUUGGAAUGCCUUUUGCAAUUACCGAGCGAUAUUUGGAAAGCGCAGAGUGCCGAGACGCCAGCACACCAGCUCAACGCUUGGAGCGAGUUCAUGUCAUGGCCGCCGGGCGAAUUAUUGCUAGAAAUAUGCGCAUGCAAAGUUCCGAUAUGCCAUACGAAAUAGCAUGGUCUUCCAAUGAGGAAAUCGCCGAAACAAGAGGCAUCGAUCAGGAGUUGAAAAAGGCAACGAGACUUCUUCCAUCAAGCUGGUGGCUGGCACCACCUUUGGACAAUGCAACUAUAGAAAACGAGGUCCUAGAAAGGACGGGAAGACUACUGAUUCAGAUGCAUCAGCACUACCUUUUAGUGCUUUUGCACCUCCCAUACCUUAUAAAGAGGCUGUGUUCUCACAUUGGUGAUAAUGGCCUCCGGAUCUCAGAUGGAGACAAUUACAGUGUGCUUGCAGCUGUUUCAGCAAGUCGUGAGAUGAUUUCGCAUUACCUUGCAUUUCGUGGGUACCAUCGAUCUACCUCUCCCCGUGCUACGGACGAUAAAUGCUUCUUGGCCUCUAUAACUCUCUUACUUGCCCACUUGCAAGGCCAUCGUCUUCGUGGAAUGAAUGUCUUAGAGCACCAGAGAUGCCAUGAUCUAGGAAUUAUUGGACGGGUGAUUGACUUUAUGAAAGAGAUCUCUGUUUUGAAUGACAAUCCUCUUGCUGCGGCACGGUCACAAACCCUGAGCAAGUUUGUGGAGAUUGAGGCCCACGCUGCGGAGGGCUUACCUUAUCACAUUUGGAUUGAACGUGAAACGAACGAAAAUGGCACCAGAGAGGUUGAGGAUACACUGCACGAUUUUCAAAUAUCGGUUCCUUACUGCGGAAACCUCCACAUCUCACUGCAGGUACGCAGUGAUCCUCCGCCUGGAGAUGCCUGGAACUCUGAACUAUUCGACUUCGUGGUUGAUUCUCCAGAUCCAAUCAACAACCAGUCUACGCUCGCUACUGCGGACGAAAAUUUCUUCGCUGUGGAAGACUGUUCAUCGAUAUAA